AUGGAAGUUGACUUAGUUAACAGUUAUCCCAAAGAAAUUCUUAAAAAUUCCCUAGAAAAUUCCCCAAUAAAAUCAGAAACCACCAAAAUUCCUGCCCAUUGAAUUAAUAAACGAGAAAUCCAGACACGUACCCAACUUCUUCAAGCCCGAAAACAAGAAUUUAUCCCUGAUAUUUCUUUUGAUCUUGACGGUGAUGGGGUAGUUGGGCCUCAAGACUACUAUAUUUCCAAACAAUUUUGUAAAACAAAUUCCAAUAAAUUAUCAUCAGAAGAAAAAAGCCAAGCAAUUUCCGCUAUGCAGUCUGGAUGGACCAAUAAUAUGUUAUGAGGGUUAGAUGGAUCUGGCCCUACCAAGCCUUAUCGUGUUAUCCAAAUGCGAGGAAAAAUCGUCUUAAAUGAAGAUUUCGGGAAAGUCCACCAAACUUACCCAAAAAACAUGUCCCCAACACCUAUUGUAGCUUCUAAAUCCCAGCUAAACGAAGCUCGAAAACAAGAACGCCAAGAAUUAGGUAGAGAAUACGAGUCCAAAAGAGAAAAAAAAUUCCGGUAUAAUUUGCCUAUAAAUGAAAUUAUAAGCACAGAUUGGUUCGAUAAUAAUCCUCAAUUCAAAACUUUUAAUGAGAAAAAAGAAUUUGAAAGAAGCCUAGCUAGAAGUUAUGUAGGGCUAUAUAAAGAAAAAGACACCCCAAGGGUGGAAUUUGGCUAUCAAAAUGACCCGAAAUAUAGGACUUGUAGCCAGAUGAAGGAGAGGAGAAAAGAAGAAAUGGUAAAAAUCAUUUAGGUCGACGUUUUAAAUAAAACUGCUAAUUAUGGAUAUGUCGGGGAAAAUGAAAGAUUGAGGAUGAGGGAGCAGGAAUUUUUAGGCGGGCUUUUGGAUGGAGAAGACCCAAAAUUAAAGUUUUUAAUCCCCCCUCUGUGAGCAGCAAAACUGUUUUUAAUAUAAAAUUUUUUUUACCAAAAAAAUAUUCUAUAUAUAAAUGAUAAUUAUUAUAAUGAAAUCUCUAGCUAAUUCUAUUUAAUUUUGAAACAUAAAUUUGAGAUUAAAAUUAAUUUUUAUUUCUCAAUUUUUAAAAAAUUUUGAAGAAAAAAUUUUCUGUAUAAAUUUUUAAAAAAAGAACUUUGCUCAAUAAUGCAUAGGGGAGUUAGAAAAAAAGAAAAAUGAUACAGCUGAGCUUGGGAAUAAAUUUUCAAAAACUGUUUUUGGGGUUCAUGGGUGUGAGCUGCCUAAGUAUGCAGAAAAUUCCAGAGAGUAUUGGAAAAUUGGGAAAGAUUUUUCAGAUGCAAAUUCUGAGCUAGAAAAAACAAUUCAAAGCUUUCGGGAAAAUUAUAAAAAAAUCGAAAAAUCACAAGAAAUAGCGGUGGAUCCUCACAGAAUGGUCCCUAAUAUUCAGAUGACCCAGAACCCUAAUGCAAGAAAUUCUAGGUGGACAACAUAUCACAAUAAUUUUUAUCAAAGAAAAAUUGCUGAUACUAAGGAUUCUCCAGACUUUAAAGAAGAAAUCAGGCAUAAAACAGCCAGAGUUACAGUCACCCAAUUUAGAGGGACUCAUACCUCCAUAGCACAGAGAUGGGAAAAUAAAGGAUCUUUAAGCCCUGGCAGACAGACUUUAAGAUCUGCUGCGUUUACUCACUCCCCCUCCGUGAGCGAAGAAAAAAAAUUUUAAAAAUCCAAAAAGCCCACCAUUCGUGAACGAACAAAAAUUUUUUUCGAAAAAUUAUUUUUGAUAUAUAAGUGAUAAUUAUUAUAAAGAAAUCUCUAGCUAAUUCUGUUAAUUUUAAAUUCUUGCAUUUUACAACACAAAUUUUACAAACUAAAUUAGUAUUUGCUUUAAAAAUUAUUUCAAAUAUGGAUGUUUAAAUUUUUGAAAAAAAAUUAACCUUUAGUUAACGAGCAGCAUUUUUUUGUUUGGUCAGGAAUUCAGUAA